AGGUUUUGUUUUGAAAUUUAAUAACACGAUAGACGGUUUAACAAGCAUUUGAACGCAGCAGCGCGCCCGCUCCUGUGAAUUAUUGAUGUUUUUUGGGACAUCUUUUUAGUAGGUAGGUCAACAUGUUUUUUGAAGGGUGGUGGGGGGAUGUAUCUAUGCAUGAUGCUCCAGUGAGCUGAUUCUUUGUGCAUGAAAUGACUUGACAUCCUCCCGACCACCGAGUCAGCCGGAGUGCGUGUGUGCGUCCACGAACAGAGAGAGAAGAGGAGGAGGAGGAGGAGGAGGAGGAGAGAAGGAGGCAGAGAGAGAGAAUAGGCAACUUUGUUACCAAGCAUAGCUGUGUCUCCUCCGGCACAGCGUGGUAAAAAAGAGAAGCGUUUGGCAGAUAUGGUUGAUCAGCGUUUCUUUCAUCCUCUCUUGUGCGGCAGCGACGACGAGCGCGCUCGCGUAAAAUAGACCCCCGCUUCUUAUUUUGACGGAUUAAAAACAAAAGAUGCGCUAAAACACCCCAAACGAGCCAACAGCUUCAUCAAUGUGCUUGAGAUGACAUUGAGGAUUCCUUAGCAGAACUGUGAGCUUGGCCAUCAUUUGCAGGAAAAUGCAUCUUUGGAUUCCAUACGUUUUGCUCGGUGCAACAUCGGUAUGCACUGUUGAGGCGUUUGGCAUUUAUGGAGAAAUAUGUCAAGGACUGUGUGGCUGUGAGGAGAGAGAGGGGAUACUUACAGUGAGCUGUGAAAACAGAGGAAUUAAAAGUGUCUCAGACAUAAGCCCGGUGCACUUCUCACAGUAUCAUCUGCUGCUGACGGGGAACCUUUUAAAAAAGCUAUCUGCCAAUGAUUUCGUUGAUUACCAAGGACUUACUAUAUUACAUCUGGGGAAUAAUGAAAUAUCAGACGUUGAAGUUGGAGCUUUCAAUGGACUACAGGGAUUAAAACGAUUACAUCUCAACAACAACAAAAUCGAUGCCUUGAAGGAAGAGUUUUUCUUUGGCCUUGAAAGUCUGGAAUAUUUGCAAAUUGAUUACAAUUAUAUCACUCAUGUUGUGCCAAAUGCCUUCAGCAGACUUCGACAUCUGGGGGUCCUGAUUCUAAAUGACAAUUUAAUUUCAACUCUGCCCGUAAACAUUUUUCAGCAUGUACCGUUGACUCAUUUAGACUUAAGGGGCAAUCAGCUCAAAGUGCUUCCCUACACGGGUCUGCUGGAGCACAUGAACAGCGUUGUGGAGCUACAGCUGGAGGAGAAUCCGUGGAACUGUUCCUGCGAGUUGAUUGCUCUUAAAACCUGGCUUGAGAGCAUAUCAUACACAGCCCUGGUCGGCGAUGUUGUUUGCGAGUUCCCCUUCCGGCUUCACGGGAGAGACCUUGAUGAGGUUUCAAAACAAGAGCUGUGCCCAAGGAGAGCAAUCGCUGAAUAUGAAAUGCCACCCCUGCCACAUCUGAGCACCGAUGCAUACUAUAGGACCACAGCAGCUGUAGUUACAGCCUCCUUCACUUCAUCUGGGAUUGCGCGGUCCUCAUCAAGACCCACUAAGGGACCUCGCCAGUCAGCCAAAUUAAAAUCAAGGCCUACCGCUCGCGUCCCAUCGAAUAAACCGCAAAAUUAUGGCCAAAUUAUUUCAUAUCAAACCAAAUCCCCCGUGCCUUUAGAUUGUCCAACUGCUUGCACCUGCAAUCUUCAAAUUUCAGACCUUGGCCUGAAUGUAAACUGCCAGGAGCGAAAGAUUGAACAUAUCUCUGACUUAAAUCCCAAACCUUACAAUCCUAAAAAGAUGUAUCUCACCGGAAAUUACAUCCCUGCGGUGCGUAGAUUGGAUUUUAUUGAGGCAACGGGAUUGGACUUGCUUCACCUUGGUAACAAUCGAAUAGUCCGUUUAGAAGACAAAGCUUUUGGCGAUUUGACACAUCUACGAAGACUUUACCUUAAUGGGAAUUUGAUUGACCGUCUUACAGGUGAUAUGUUUUAUGGACUAGAAAGCCUACAGUUCUUAUAUUUAGAAUACAACGUUAUCAAAGAGGUUACAGCUGACACGUUUGAGCAUGUACCCAAACUUCAGCUUCUUUUUCUAAACAACAACCUCUUGAAAACUUUACCAGAGGGAACUUUUAAUGGCCUGACAUUAGCCAGAUUAAAUCUUCGGAACAACCAUUUGCGCUAUCUGCCAGUCACUGGAGUACUAGAUCAGCUUACAGCACUGGUGCAAGUUGAUUUGUUUGAGAAUCCCUGGGACUGCUCGUGUAGCAUACUUGAAUUGAAGAUGUGGCUAGAGCAGCUUAGCACAGGCACAGUUGUAAACAACGUCAUCUGCGGAACUCCAAAGAAACUUGCUGGAGAGGAUAUGAGAUACAUUAAGACGACAAACUUCUGUCCCAAUAACUCUGAGAUACUUGCCUCCAUGAUCCCACCCUCUGAAGAAUCUUUUCCCGGCAGCACUAUCACCAUAGAAACAUCUUUGGACUCUGACACUCAAUAUAGCACCAUUCCUUUGUCUGUGAUGAUUCUUGCCCUUCUCCUCAUUUUCAUCACGUCUGUGUUCGUGGCCGCAGGAUUGUUUGUGGCGAUGAAAAAGAGACGUCAAAAGAGUCAGAAUGAGCAAAACCACUCCAUGAACGCUUGCAUCAGCUCACUCAACAUGGAGUACGGUCUUUACAAAAAGGGAUCCAUCCCCAAAGUCAGAACAUCUGCUGGACACGUAUAUGAGUACAUCCCACCCCCAGCAGAAUCCACCUGCAGAAAUACUGCCCACACCCCAACGGGCAACAAAUCAGUGGAUGGAUUUAGAGACUUUGAUGAGUUGAGCGGUGCUUUUCUGGGUAACUCAGAUGAAGAGGCAGCCAGUAAUGUGAUAAGCUCAGAAUACAGUGCCACUACUCCAGAGCCUCUUAACAAGCCCUCCACCCCUCGCCAAGAUGAUCCGUGCUUCUACAGAGAUGUGCUUGAGCCCGACAAGCAUAGGCACUACAGCAAUACAUUACCGUGCAGGCAUACAGCACAUUCAUCAAAUCAGUAUACCUCAGACUUUGAUGCAAGGCAUCAAUAUGUACACCCAGAGAGAAUACAACAGACAAUACUCUACUGUACAGCACCAAGUACUGUUUAUGUGGAGCCCAACAGGAGUGAGUACUGGGAGCUGAAAGCUAAGCUCCACAUUGAUCCGGAUUACCUUGAGGUUCUGGAAAAACGAACUACAUUUACGCAGUUCUAAGAGACUUGGCCUAUACAUGUUCAGAGUGCUCGCAUCCAUGCGAUGUAUCCUUUUUAAUCAGGAGUAUGUUUAAAGAAAAGGUUUAAUUAUUUUCUCCACUUAACAAGCUACAGUAUGCAUUUCUGGGAAUAAUGCUUUACAGAAUGAGCAACAAAGGGGUCCACUGCUCAUUUUAAAGUAUCACUUAACACUUCCCUGUGUUGUUUAACAGUUUAGUUUAUAUGUGUAAAUAUGAACAAACAAACACAGAUUCAGGGCUGUUAUGACUCAUCCUAUCGCAUAAUCCAUCCUGGAUCUGCAUCAAUGACAAUAACGUGAGACUGAGCUUCAACUCUCAAAUUAGCCGCAUUUUAUGAGUGGUAAUGAACCGUGCAGACGAUAUGUCCCAAAAUAAACCAAGCUUUUGUCACAGAUACAUGUAUGGCUGCCAGUUCUGUCUUUUCAAAUGUAUUCAAAUGGUAGUUCAUGUUUGAGACAAAAUCAGAUUUACUCCGCGGAUUUAUUUCGCCGACCAUGAAGUUGCCCUGCAUGAGGCUGCAGACAAAAGUCACAUAUAAAUGUCUGGAAAUCGUGCACAAGUGACAAAUGGAGAGAGACAGAGUUUCGCUUGGCAGUGUGCACAGCUCUAGGAUGAUAAUAUCAAAUCCAUUAGAUCAUGAAACACAUUCAAAUGUAUUAUCUCAAAUGACAGAUUAUGAGCACAGUAAAUCUCUGCUCUCUUGUUUGCAGAUUUGAAAUAAUAAUAAUUAAUAUCCUAAAUAUACCAAAUUGGCCUAGUGCCUCAAAUAUGGAAAAUUAGCAUCUAAACAAACAGCACUUCUGAACUAUGGACACAUUUUGCACAUAUUGUAUUGAGCUAAAAAUCAGUGUGUUAAAACUUUAAAGAUUAUUACAACGCAAGUGAGAAAAUUAGCUUUAACUAGACUUCACAUGCUUCACAUGUGACAGAUUACACUUCUAAUAUUUACCACCGCCACAGCAGGCCACAAAAGAUAAACAGAAAAUACAUAUGCAAACCCUGACAACUACAAAUGUUCAAUUUCAACACAGCCUUCCAGAAUAAUGCACCUUUACAACCGGCUCUCUUUAUGAUACAGUCUUUUCUGAAUACAUCUUCAACUGUAUUCCAGUUACAGCAUAUUUGAGUGAGCUCAUAAUAAAAUAAGGCUCUCAUAUAUCUCCAUACUCCUCAGUUGAGAGUCCUCUAAUUUCUUGGCCUCGUGUCGUUAUGUACACAUUUUAAAUGACCGCAUAUUUUUCUACUAAUACAUAUUGAUAUUAAGCUUUCUUGUUUAUUUAUUCUUUUGUUUUUUUUUCUUUUACCAAAAAAAUGCACUAUUGUCUUCUACAGGUCAAAAAUGAUGUCAUAUUUUGAAAUGCACAACAUAGUAAUGUGUGCAUAUAGCCAUAGGAAAAGGUUUUAUAAAUACAUUACAUACAUACAUACAUAUUAAGGUUAUAUGUAUUAAAGAAAAUCUUGCACUAUGCAUAGACAUAUAUUAUACUUAGACAAUCUGUACAAAAUAAUAAUAUUGAUAACAAUAGCAACAAAGCCACUCCCAUAUACAUGAUAUUCGAUAAUACUGUUCAUAUCCCGUAACAAAUUAUUUGAAAUGAAACACACAUGAACAUUCAGAGGUAUUUUUGUACCCCAUUUUGGAUAAUUCAUUUAUGCUGCAUAGAUUUUUAAGUACCUGCGUUUUUAAAGCGGAUUUGUGUGUAUUGCAUCGGAGAGAACACUCCUUGACAUCUCCGUUUGGUUUGAGGUCAUGUGAAAUCAGGUAAUUUGACUGCAAUUAGCACUCUGUUUAUCUCUUUGUAGGCAGGGAUUGAUGGAUAGCACAACGCGCGUUUGAAGACUUCAGGCUUAAGCUAUUAGACUGAAAAGCACAACAAAUGAAUGCAGCAGCUGAAUGGGUGGAGUGAUGUUCAUGCAUAAAUAUGUUAUAUGCUCUGAAGGAAACUAAGCACAUCAUCCAGUCAUAAUGCAGUCUAACCAAUUUCUGGGUCAAUAGUGUAAGCCAAGCAAUGUGACUUCCCCUGAGAGUUUAAUACACAGAGUAAAUUCACAUCAUAUGCAGUUUAUGCACUGAACCUGUCAUCUUAACUCAGCUAAUUAGAGGGCAUGGUGUAUCUGGACCCUGUCUGCAUGUCACUAAGUAUUACACUGCAGCGUUAGUCAUGCUGUUUACCAUGGAUACAGUCUUGGUUUGUUGCCUUUCACGUCUUCAGACUCUUUUUGUGAUUCUUUUGUCACUGGACCUGCCUGUGCUCUUUGGAAAUUCAUCAGAACAAAUGUGCUGAAUUCUACACAGUGAAGCAUGAUGUACACAGGUUUUUUUUUUUUUUUAAAUCAAUGUAUUGUUGUGAUUUUAGUGGUGGAAGCACUGCACAGACAGAUGCACAUAAAAUGUCUUUUGUUGUAAACAAUAGCUGAUGCCUCGUUGAUUGUUCCGGGUUCUUGAAUUGAUCAGUCUAUUUUUUUUUUUUAUUACGUGUGAUACAUUUUGUACAUGCGAACUAAUGCAAGUAAAUCACACAUUACUAAAGGGCAAAUACUCUAGUCAAGGUAGUAUUUGAUUCAAGUGAUUUUAACUUUCUUUUUCAAUUUAUAGAACCUUGUAAAGGCAACUGUGUAAUGGAAAGACAGUAUUUACUGUACAUAACAGAAAUUUGUAUAAUGUUUCUCAUUCAGAUUUUUGUAAUCAUGAGAGUUUUAGUCACAUGUGCAGCAACAAAUAUCCAAAAACAUGUUCAGAUGAGUGUGUCUGUUCUGUGUAUAUGUGCAAAUGUUGAAUUUGCGAAGGCGAACAGUGAAAUCAGUGUCUUAUUGCAGCUCUUCUAUUUCCUUCGGUUUGAUUUUCAGAUGAAACAGUGAUUUUCUGUGUCAGCCUCUGAUUUGUAAAUAGAACACUCCAUCAGCGUUUUCAUGCAACCUUGCGCCAUCUUUGAAAAGCAAAAAGCUGGUCUAUUAUUGCAAAAACACAGUACAACUAGGAAUAUGUGGGGUAAAUAUAUCUACAGUGUGCUGUUUUCUUUAGUUGCUAGCUAAUGAAUAAAAGAUAUGCAUUCAUUUCA